CUCGGUUCCACUAUCCAAAUCUUCCAGCAUAAAGUCCUCCCCCAAAUUCAGAAGCUAUCGUCAUGGGUUCAGAAACUUUCCUAGAAGUGAUCUUGGCCAUACUUCUUCCACCUGUUGGGGUCUUCCUUCGUUAUGGCUGUGGAGUAGAGUUCUUGAUAUGUUUGUUGCUGACAAUAUUGGGAUAUAUACCAGGGAUUAUAUAUGCAAUAUAUGUACUAGUGGGAUAGUUUGUGACAAGGUUUUGAGUUUUGAAAGAAUAAUGGCAACAACAUUGUGGGUUUGUCCAGUUUGGUGAUUUUCAUUAUUGUGGUUUGUAAUCUGGGAUCUUAGCUCGUUUUCCUUGUAAAUGGUCAUGUGUUUUGUUAUGUUUUCUAUCAGAAUUGUUGUGGCAUACAGAAACUGAUUGAAUGUGUGUUAAGGUUUGUUUGGAAAUAUGGUAUAAUAUGUGAGCUGCUUGUUUGGAUUGGCAUCAGGAGAGAUUAAAA